AUGAAGGUCUUUGAUGUGCUGGGAGGGCUCUUCCUGCUUCUUGUGCCUGUUCACAGUUUACAGAAUUGUAAGAACAAGAGGGAGCUGCGGAGGGUGGUGCUGCAAGCCAUGGAGUGCUUGUCUAGUUUGGACGUUGGGGUUUUAUCAUCUGUGUUUGUAAGCUGUACCGAACACUGGCUGCGAGUCAGAAUUAGGCGAACACCUUAUGUGGAUGAGCUGCAUCCCCAGAGGCAUGAACUGUACCUUGGGACUGGCUGUCCUGUCAGCAGAGUGCUGCCUUCUUUCUUUGAGUUCCUCUAUACCGUCUCUUCCUGUGGCAUCCGGAAACAUGACCGCAUUUGGUGUAUCCUAAUUGAAAGUUCACUUUCAUACGAACCAGUCUUUCUAAAUCUCAGAAGUUAUACCCCAAUAGGGUGCAUCAUUGAGAGAAAGUUCUCAUUUAACUUUGCAUCAAAAGAGGUAGCAACUAAUAGUAGUGCAUCUGGAGAAGCAUCUCAAGAGCUGUUGAGAAACAAUACUUCAACGUGUCAGGCAAGCAGUACGGAGGCCCAGCCAGGGCCAUCGUUGGUGAACAGCUUUUUCCUUGGGAGUUCUAAUUGUGCUUUUUUCACAUUAAGAAAUGAAGUAAUAAGUUCUGGUGGUUAAGGCAGUUUUACUAACAUGGGUACUCUCUGGGGAUUGACUGUAUUUUUAUAAAGCUGAACUAGUGCCUUUGGAUACCACUGUAUUCCUUUUUAAUCUUUUUAAAGUGAAGUUGUGCUUCUGGAUACCACCAUGAACUCUAUGUGGAGGCAAAGAAACUUUUUGAGACUUUUAAAUUUGUAAUAAAGGCAGUUUUAAAAAUAAAAAUUUGAAUAUCUGGAUGACUAUUGCUUUUUUACUUAAGAAAUGUUGGUUUCUGAAGGGAAAAGGAAUACUCAUGGCCCAACCACGUGGAGGCUGUGUGACUACUGCUCUGCUGUAGUUCUCUGAUCAAUCCUAAUUUGCCUUGCUUCUAAUGAUGUAUGUGAAAUGAAACCUGA